AUGGUCCUAUCUGCAUGUCAAAUUAGGUCGAUGACGCUGUCGGUGCCGGAAUGCACAGAAGUGAACCGUGCUCGCAUCGCAAGCCGACGGAAGAUGAGUCUAGGCAGUGCACCACUACUAGCUAAUGGAAGAAGAACACCACCGCCAUCGAGAAGGACAAGCAUCGCCGGUACGUUUGGUCAGUCUGGCUAUGAUUUCUUGUGA